AUGACAACCGCUAGUCCUGGUAAAACUGCUAAACGAUACAUGUCCAAUAUUGAAAGAAUACGGAAAAACACUGUUAUGAGAAGAAGAAAACUUUUUUGUGAAGGUGGAAAACGGAAAAAACCAAUGAUUAAGUAUAGUGGUCCAGACGCAGAUUAUGGGCUCGCUGAACCAUUAGAUGGAUUAAUUAGUGACAACGAUUUAAAGAAGAAAAAAAAAAAUUUUUUAAAACAAUUAAACGAAGUCAAUAGAGAAGACUUAGAAUAUGUAACUAGAGAACAAAGUCUAAGUAAUGAUUGGCACAAUGAAAGAAAAAAAAGGCUUACAGCAUCAAAUUUUGGUGAGAUAUGCAAGAUGAGAAAAAAUACCAGUUGUCGAAAAAAAGUAUACAGCUUAUUGUACAGACCAAACACAACGUGUAAACAAACAACUUAUGGCAUUCAAAUGGAACCUUUAGCACGAGCUCACUUUGAAACUCUUUAUAAUGUGCAUGUGCAAAUAUGUGGACUAUUUUGUGACAAGGAAUUCUCUUAUUUAGCAGCAACUCCUGAUGGAUUGAUCGGUGAAAAUUCUAUAUUAGAAAUUAAAUGUCCAUUUGCAGCGAAAGACAGUUUAAAUGCAGUUGAAGCGGUAGAAAUGAAAAUGUUACAGUACUGCAGUAUAGAAAACGGAGAACUAACACUUAAAAAAGACCACAAGUAUUAUUAUCAAAUUAUAGGUCAAUUACGAAUAACAAAUCGGAAGUUUUGUUAUUUUGUGAUAUACACUCCGAAUUGGACAAACACCCAAAAAAUUGAGUAUGAUGACGUAUUUUGGAGAACUAAGAUGGUCGACAAAUUAAAACUAUUUUAUUUAGAAUGUUUACUGCCAGAAAUUGUCGAUCCACUGUAUGGAAAACGAUUUUUGACAAGUGAUAUUAGAGAUCCUGACCACAUUAAACACCAAAUAAACAAAAAAUAA